AAUAGGUUAUUUCCGACACAUGUGGCACCAUCCCGUUAACGGAUUUGUCGGUGAACUACAACUAGUCAGGCGCGAUUUGCAACGCGGGACACAGACAUUUCCGAGGAUUCACAUACUUCAUGCAGCCGCCUCGAGAGUAGAAAUAUCGAGGUAUAGUUUCGUAUAUUCAUAUGUUUCAUAGCAGUUAAGUGGAACUGCUUGCUAUUCUGCUGCGUUGGAAAUGACCGGGUUAUUUACUCCCGGCUGAAAUACAUACUUUGCGUUUGGGACCAUAUGUGUUGCAGCUCGACUUUUGAGCGGGUUUUUGCCAUUCAGUUGACACUUCGAUUUUAAGGAGUUUUUUUCCUAUACACCAGCGAUGGCAGAGAAUAAGCACCCGCACGUUGUUUUUUGCAACGACUCACCUAAAAGAGUUUUGGUGUCCGUCAUCAAGACCACCCCGAUCAAGCCCAGGCAGACAGAGGCCCUGAUGCCGACAAGUCCUGGAUUCAGCGACUUCAUGGUCUACCCCUGGAAGUGGGGAGAAAAUGCCCACAAUGUAUCGCUUAGCCCUGGAUCAAUGAAUGGAGCUUCGUCCCCAACUGGUACUACAACAGCCAGUGAAGCUGACCUUACGUCCUCUCCCGACCAGAUGAAGGAUGGUAUCCGGCGCGGCAGGCCACGUGCCGACACGGUCCAGGAGCUGAUCACCGAGGGGGAGACCUCCUCCAGCCAUAUCCGCUGUAACAUCUGCAACCGGGUUUUCCCCAGGGAAAAGUCCCUGCAGGCCCACAAGAGAACACACACAGGUGAGAGGCCAUACCUGUGUGAUUACCCCAACUGUGGGAAGGCGUUUGUCCAGAGUGGUCAGCUGAAGACCCACCAGCGACUGCAUACGGGCGAGAAGCCGUUUGCCUGUUCAGAGAAAGGAUGUGGAAAUCGUUUUACACACGCCAACCGCCACUGCCCUAAGCACCCUUUCAGCCGGCUGAAGAGAGAGGAGGCGAAGGACUGCCUGGGCAAGGGUCAGUCCGUAGACAACAAGGCUGUGGCAGAGUGGCUGGCCAAGUACUGGCGGACCCGCGAGCAGCGAGCCCACACCGGGUCCCCCGGGGGCCCCAAGGGGAAGGGCCAGGCCGCCGAGGACCAGGAGCAGCAGGACCCCAUGGAAUUUGGCGACUCCGACGAGGAGGAAAUGGCGGAGGAGGAGAAGCCCGGAGGUCACGGAGGAGCCGCCAAGCGUUGUCUCCAGGAGCAACGCGAGCGCCUCCACGGCGCACUCGCUCUCAUUGAGCUGGCCAACAACCUCUCGGCAUGAGCGCUCACCUGGGCGUCUCUCUCUCGCUCGACCCGGGCCCCCGUCUCCCGUCCCCGUCCCCCCUCCCGGUCCUCUCCCGUAGUCCCGUUCUGCCUUCCUGUAUAGUAGGUGCAGUAGGAACCGCCGACGUGCCAGUACAGGUCUUCUAUGUUGGGUCAAAGCAGACGUGGGGGGGGGAGGGAAAGAAGAAGAAGUGAACAGGCCUCUUUUAUAGUCUGUCUGAAUAGACGAUCACGUUUCUCCUCAUUCUCGGCACAACACCAGGAGGAAACAAGCUAAAGCACCUUAUUCAGCUUUGAUUUUCUAUUAUUUUUAAGAUAAUUUUAGGCUGCUAUGAUUGUAGGUUUGAUGAUAUGAAGAAUGUUUUUGUCUUCUGACCUCUCUAAAAGGGAAAGAGGGAGUACAAUUAUGUUUUUGUUUUGUUUGCACUUUGGUAACGAGUUAUUUUUUAUAAGUAUAUUGUGUUUGUUAGGCGGGUGUGUGUGUCUGCGUGUGUGUAUGCUUUAAGGUCAGAUGGACAGAACGGUAAUAGGGUGUGGUCAGAUAAAAGAUUUUGCAGUUAUAUCCUUAAUCUUUAUCCAAAACUUUGUCAAAUGGCUUCUGGAUCUGCCUCGUUCAUCUCCAGCAUUGAGGAUACAGUGCUGCUGCUACUGAUGACGUUGAGUGUGUGUGUGUAUAUAUUUAUAUAUAACAAGGAAGAGUUUUGUACCUUGGUUUGCAGCAUCAUUGUUUUCUCUUCAAGAAAUAACCGGUGUGGGGCGGAUGAAUGAUUGCUGAUCAUGAGCAAAUUAAGACUUAAAGCAGCCAUUGUUUGUGAAUGAGAGGAUAACAUUUCAAGCCUUAUCAAAAGCUCUUACCAGGUAGAUUUUCAAAUGUUAAAGAAAACUACAUUUUUUGAAAUGUUAUAUCACCUCGACAACUGCAACUUAAGAAAUUCUAAUAUAUAUAGAUGACCUUAGCACUGAGACCAGGUGGUCUGUAAAAAAAAAUAAAAAAAUUCUAUAAACCAUUUGGAGAGUUGCAAGUCAUGCAAUCUAUGGAUCAAGCUUGAAAUGAAACACAUUUGGCUAAUCAUCAGGCAAGUCGUGACAAAUAACAUUUGUCAUAAACCGAUUUGUGGAGCACUCUGGUGUUUUGAGACUUGUGAACAAAACUACAUUUUCUGGCACUGUAUGAGGCCUCAUAAUUGGCCAAGUAUUCUAGUAGUGUUUUCUUCUUGAUCAUUCAAAUUCAAUCAUUUUCAAACAUAUUUGAUUAUGAACACAAGUCCCGAAUAUUUUGAUUUGAUCAAAUUAAAUUGAAUAGUUGAUAAUCAAAACACCUAAUAAUUACUAUUACUCAAAAUGUUUUAUACGAUGGAAUUAUUCUAACCUAUAGAUUAUUAUGUUGUGUGAGGAACCUGGCAUAUGAUAUAUACAUGUAUAUAUACAUGUAUAUAUAUAUAUACACACCAUGUUAGAAAAUAGAGUGUACACAAUAUAAAGAGCUCUAAAGUUGACACUUAGAACAUUAUUAACAUCGGGUUUUUCCUUUCUGAAUGUAUCAUUAACAUUUGUACAUGUUUGGCAUAUGAAGAGAGUGAAACUGCUUGCUUGGUAGAAAUGUUGUAACACGAAGCAAAACUUCUAACAAGCUGUCCACACUGUUUGUGCAAGGUCUUCAAUAAACAAAGAAGUCAUAUGACUUUGUCUCAGAAGAAAAGUAAUUUUCAAUGAUUGAUAGUGGAAAAUAUGUUUAAAAUGGGGAAUGACAUAAAGAAAGAUUUAUGUAAAUUGUUUAUUUUAUAAAAUAAAUAACAAACAGGAAAGUCUUAUAUUUUCUUCCAUUGAGCACAGUGGAAGGUUAUUUAUCCCCUACUUUGGAAGACAACAUCAAAGUAUCUUCAAGGAGAAUGCUCUGCUGUUUUUCUGGAUCUUCGGUCUGCGCUGUCUUGUAGAAGGUAAAGUAGGAAUACACCAGUCCGCCCGACAUACUAUAGGCAAAAGAGAAACUUGUAUACAGGACUUCAAAUGUGAACAAAGCUUUUACAUUUUGUUUAGUAAAAAACUGAACAAUUCAACCACUAUCUUAUAAUUGAGAGAAAAAAAACUCCAUUGUGCACCAUGUGGACCUUUUGAAGCUGGGAGAUAGUGUUUUUGAUCUUAGUUUGAGUAAAGUAUUAACUGGAAUUGAAAAAAUAAGAGUUAUACCAUAUACUUAGACCCAGGAAGUUUGGCCAGGAGAACAGGUAGUCACCACCGACGAACAUUCCAAUGUAGGCUACUGCAACAUUCUGAGGAGACAUUUAACAUGUAUGUUCAUCCAACUUUUUGAAUACGGCUUGAUGUGACUUGUAGAUAGGCUACUAUGUUUAUUUUAUCAUACCUUUAUUGCUCCCACUACUGUUGUAGUAAGCGCUGAGUUAUAGUGGCUGCAGAGAACUAUGGAAUACAUAAGAACAAAGCUGGGGGAGCAGGUAUUAAAACACGCAUUAUUUAACACAGAGAAGAGUACAUGCAUU